AUGAGUUCGAUUGCCAGAGAGAUCCAACCUAUGAUUGAAAGCAAUCCAGACAUGCCAAUUCAAGCAAUCCAAAGUCAACUGCUUCGGAAGCAUCAACUUGAAGUAUCACUACAUAAGGUCUUCAGAGCCAAGAGGAUAGCAACUACGAAGAUCUAUGGUGAUUACCAAGAACAGUAUGGUCUGCUAAGAAGACCAUUGCUGGGUGUGGAUGGUUGUUUCAUGAAAGGUCCAUUUCCUGGACAGAUCUUGAGUGCUGUUGGUAUUGAUGGGAACAAUAGCAUAUAUCCAGUUUGUUAUGCCCUUGUUGAGGCAGAAACAACACAAACCUGGAAAUGGUUUUUGCAACUGUUGAGAGAUGACCUAGGGUGUACGGCUGACUCUUGUUUCACCUUCAUCAGUGACAGACAAAAGGGUCUGAUUCCUGUUAUGCUAGCUGUUUUUCCUAAUGGUGAGCACAGAUUUUGUUUGAGGCACAUCCAUGAGAACAUGAAAUCCAAGUGGCGUGGAGAUCUUUACAAGAAUUUGCUUUGGUCAGCCGGAAGGAAGACAUCUAUUCCAUACUUUAACAAAGCUAUGGAAGAAAUUAAGACAACAGAACGAGCUAUACAAAUCGUAGGAGCAAGGGACAAGCCGAUUAUCACAUGCCUAGAAUUCAUUCAGGAGUACAUGACCAAGAGGAUAGUGAAUGUGAAGAAAUUGCAAGCAAAGUGUAUGGGGCCACUGACACCUCAUGCCACUGAGGUCUUCGAUGAGAUCAAGAAACAGGCUGCUGAAAUGUCUGUUUUAAUGGUUGAUUCAGACAAGUAUCAAGUAACAGUUGCAGCCAUAUGGGAUAUGUCAAGGAAUAUCAUUGAUGCUGGCAUGCCAGAAGAGUGGGUGGAUGAUGUGUAUUGGCUGUCAACAUGGAAGAAAGUCUAUGACAAUGUGAUAGAGCCAAUCAACGGGCUGGAGAUGUGGACUCCUUCAGAGUGUCCAACAACACUUAUCCUACCAAAGCAUCAUACACAAGUUGGAAGGCCAAAGAAGAAAAGAAAGAAGGCAUUUGGUGAAAAAGAGCUUGAGAAGGAGUUCGACAAAGGAGGUAAAAUGACCAGAAAGGGAACUAGCAUCAAGUGUGGUAAAUGUGGGAACACGGGUCACAAUGUCAGGAGCUGCAAAGGACAAGGGGGUGAACAAUCCACUGCUUCACAGGAAUCACACACUGCCACUCAAGGUGCACCAGUUUACAAUCUUGAUGAGUGA